UCUCUUAGUGGUGGUGUGCUUCGGAGAAGAGAGCAGCACGCAGAGCCAGCGGGACGGCCUGCCGGAGCCAGGGGAGGAGUGGUCGGGUAGCUCUGCGCUCGGACCAGGCGGGAGGAUGAGCCGCCGCGUCUCGAACGCUGGGGAAGGCUCGGCCCGCGGGAUUCCCGCCGCGCUCCUGUUCUGCCCAGUGCCGUGGGAAUGCCUAAAUCAAAGGAACUUGUGUCUUCAAGCUCAUCUGCCAGUGAUUCAGAUAGUGAAGUUGACAAAAAGGCAAAGAGGAAAAAGCAAGUAGCUCCAGAAAAGCCUGUAAAGAAACAAAAGACUGGUGAAAGUUCUAAAGGUGCAGCUUCCUCUAAGCAAAGCAGCAACAGAGAUGAGAAUAUGUUCCAGAUUGGCAAAAUGAGGUAUGUCAGUGUUCGUGACUUUAAAGGGAAAGUCCUAAUUGAUAUUAGAGAAUACUGGAUGGAUCAAGAAGGUGAAAUGAAACCUGGCAGAAAAGGUAUUUCUUUAAAUCCAGAACAGUGGAAUCAGCUGAAGGAACAGAUUUCCGAUAUUGAUGAUGCAGUAAGAAAACUGUAAAGACAGCCAUACAGAAACUUACUGUUUUAGUUGUUUUAAGCAGUCUUUUUACACAUUGGCUUUUGUUUUCUAAAAUACUUGUUUUCCAAGCUAUUGUAUAUUUGGAUUGCAAAACAAUUUGUAAGAUGAAUACUUUUUUUUAUGUGCAUUAAAAGUGUAUUCUAAGUGAGGCUAUUUGUGUAUACUUUAUUAAAAAGGAAUGAUUUGCUUUCAACACAGUGUAAAGUAAUAAUCAAUCCAGUAAUACUAUAUAACGCAUAGCUGUGGCCUUCCAGCCAACAGUUUUUAGUCUCCUCCUUUUAAUUUUGGUUUCAGUUCAAUUAAAACUUGUUCAUAUUAAUUGUUAAUCAGGAGACAUUAAAAAAACCUUGACCUUAUUGCAAAUGUUCGUAACUUUUAUAUUUGUGAUUUCAACUCAGUCCAAAUAAUGAAUAAUUAAAAUAUUUUUUGUAGAUAAUCUUAAAUACUGUCUUUGAAAAUUCACCACAUUAUUCUGAUGUAGAUAAGUACAUAGGUAUUUGGCAUUGCUUGCAUGAAGUAUUACACUAAACAAGCGUAUGUGAUUAUCACACAAUAACACUUGGACACAAGCCACAUUCUUACUUUUCAUUCUUCUGCAGAUCAUUUGACUUAAAAAAGAUAAUUAGCCUUUAUUCUUAGACACUAGAUUUUUAGUAUGGUAUACAUAUAUAUUAUGGUAAGAUUUUUACCUCAGAAUAGGACUUAUUAAGAUCCUAUUUCAAAGGUCCCAGCUUAAACAGAUGAACUAAUAACCUUGCUUAUCUACUGUUCUCAAGCUUUGCGUUAGAUUAAAAUAGUCUUUUGAACAUGCUAUCUGAUUCUAAUGGGCAAGAGCCCUUACCUUGCCUUGAUAGAGCUUUUAGUCAUGCUCAACAAUCCUGUUUAAGCAUGGCUAAAACUACCAGUAGGCUAUAAUACAGUUGGUGUAGAUUGAACCAAGCAGGAUUAAAACUAGCCUAGCCAAAGUUUCAGUGUGGGCUAAAACAGUUCUGCUCUGUCCAUAUUGCUUGAUCAGGACACACAUUUGUGUGGCUUACAUGUGCACAGUUUAGCCUUUUAGGAAGGGCAUGUUUGGUGCCGGCAUACAGCAGAUCAUGAUUUUAGUGAACUUCACUUGGCUAUCUGCAUCCUGAUCUGUAGCAGAGUGAUGCUUCCUUUUCAGUAGGAGGUAAUGUAGUGUACAUGCAACAUAACUGAAGAGAAUUUUGAUAGAUGACUUAAGAUACGCUUAUGUUUUCCCUUUCAAUAUUCUUAUUACAGUUGGGUGUGAGCUUAUAAAGGGCACUCCUAUGUUAAAAGUUAACAAAAAUAAAGUGUGAGAUCAGUUAGUGAGUAAAUUAACACUAUAUUGAGGAAUUGUAUGUUGGGGGGGGUGUGUAUCUGAUUUUCAAAUUGCUUUAAUCCAAGGAAGAAGAUAGUAACUUCAUGAAAAUUGCAGUUUUGGGACUGUAUAUCACUGAAUGUACAAGUACUGAAUCUACUGUAUUUUUCCCAUUUAAUGUUAAACUAUUGUAUUUUUCAACUUUUUUAGAUAACUGGUUUUUGCUAUUCAUUUAAUUUCAGAAUAUCUUAAUAUUGUUUGCUGUCUAGGGCAUGAGGAAUUUAUUGAUAUUGCAGAUGUGCAGAGGCCUUGUUUUGUUAAGUGUCAUACACUGACUGUCUCUGCCCUGAAGAAUUUACAUGAUAAAUGAUACAUGAAGCCUGAGGAAAAAGGAUCUAAUUAAACAUACUGUUUAACUUACAUAUGCAGUAUCAUAUUUUCCUCAUUUUCCCCUUAACCCAGUCAGCAAUGAAUGAUUUCAAAUGCGACUAAUCAAAGAGGUGAUUUAGUCCUUGUUACUUUGAGGAACGUUGAGUUCUUAAAGUGCUGUUUGUGGAGUGAAGGGGAGGAUGAGGCAUGUCUGAGGGCAGCAAUCUCAUCUUUAGCUCCGCUGUCCUUUUUGAAUAAUUUCCUGUUGCUUGCAAUAUAUCUGCACCAGAAAGAAUAGUAAAUAAGUAGCUGCCAAAAUUCCACAGAGAAAUGAAGGAAAAUAAUUAAUUACUUACAGACCUUUAUUGUUCUUGUUAACAUAACGUAUUCUCUCUUUGGAAGAGGCUUUUGCAAUAUUUAUAUCAUAGAUUUUAUAGUAUGCAAAACCUAACUAGAAAUCUCACCAUUAAAUCAGAAACUUUGUAACUUCAGACUUCACCUGCCUUACCUGAGUUGUUUCAUCUGAUUGUUUUGAAGAACAUAAUUGUAACAACGGAGGGAGCAAUGUAAUUUCUCAGACGGAUUAGUGGUUGUCACAGCACUGGGCCUUGACGUUCUUUCAUGGUAACUGUGGGAAUUAGGUAACUGUGUGGGUUAAGGGGAGAUCGGAAGUUGAGUUCUUGGGGGUUGGGAAUGAAUGAGAAGGCUUAAUAUGGUUAGUGUUAGUUUUAUUGUGGAAACCAAUACUGGCAGAUUUAUAGAAACAGCUAUUUUAAACUAAGGAGUAUUGGCUCUUUUUACAGACAAAUUACAGUUUUAGCAGGGAUAAUUUGAAUUCACUGAAGCUGCUUGAUUUUACUUAAUCAUUGGUUUUGUUGGCAUUUUUUACUUUUACAUUAAAAGUUUGGUACAGAUUCAUUUUACUUAAAACUUACUACAUUACAAAAGAAUUUUUAACCUGCCAGCCAUAUUUCCUUAUGAAAUAUUUUCAUAAAGCUUUGUAUAUUUUACUUCAGAGCCUUCCAUUCCCCAACCCAUCUACAGCAAUAAAAUGCUCCUCCAAAAAUAAGUAGUAGUUCUCUCAUCAGCCAGUUAAUUUCAUGAUUUAACUCAACAUGGUCUGCAAAAUAGAAUGCUUCAGAACAUGAAGAAAGUUGGAGUGCUGAAUGGCUGAUGUGGAGGUAUUUAUUUAACAGUGGUGAAUAAGUGUUCCAUUUUAAGAAUUCUGCAUCAAGAAUUACAAAAGUAUUUAAACUGCAUCAAUUUACAUCAUAUGACUGUUACCCAAUGCUGUAUCAUUCUGGUUUUAAAAACAAAUGUUUGGAAGGAUUGUAUGUCACAUCUAAAAUUUGGAUAAUUGACUUGCGAAUUAAAUAAAAAUUGGUGGUUUAUAAGUGUACUUGUGAAAUUAAAGUGCACAAGAGAGAAAGCUGUUACAUAGUAUUGACUUCAUAUCAUACAGUUAAAUAUGAACCAGUAAGAAGAGAUGUACAAAGGUUUGUACAAGUUUGAUCAGUACUUAUAUAGUGCAUAACUGCUAAAUAUUAAAUCUGUUCCAAUUCAUAAGAUCUCUGCAUUGAAAGUUUUGCCAAAAUAUAGUCUCAGUGCUAAAUGAAUACCUUGUAAUGUACAUUAUCCUUAUGUACAGGUAUUCAUUUUAUUCCUAUUAAAAUUAAACAGAUGUAGUAGUAAUCUGAUAUUGACUGUUAACAGAAAUACCCCAGCAACAAUACUUUGUGUUAUCUGUAAGCAAAAAAAGUGUACAAAACAAUAGUUGUUGUUCUAGUAACUAAAAUGUCAUUUUGUUAACUGUGUGGAAUGUAUGUAUGUUUUGGUGGUAUCUACCAUGGAGAUACCACUGGAAAUAUGAACCAUCCAAUUGUAAUUAUCGUAAAUGUUCAAAUAAAAAUGAAAAAUUAUAUGCAUGA